CACAGUUCUACUCUAGUUGUGGCAACCGCAACUGCUGUUAUCUAAAUUUGCACCAGUUGCUGAAUUGCUUCUGCAUGAAAGCGCAGGCGGAAAUGCUGCACAGCUGAUUACAUGCUCGAUAUAUCAUUAAGAUAUGGAUAAAUGGAUUAUUCGAUCUGCUUGAGGAUUUCCAGAACAGCCAUGAAUCGCUCGAUAGCACUUCACUAGAACCCAGAAGACACUUCUUAGUAACAUAAAAAUUAUUGAGGAGAUACAUCCACUGAACAAAUGUUGGACAAGCCGAUGAAGAUGAGCGGAAUCAUCCCCGAGAUGGAGCAGAUAAUAAGCCAGCUGGAGCGGGGUACAGUUGUCACAAAAUUCUUCCAGCGAAAGAAACCCGAGAAGAAGACUCUGAUGAUCCGGAGGGAGACGAGGCAGGUUGUCUGGGCGAAGAGUUCCACAUACCGGCCCUUCGAUGGCUCCAUCGAGAUCCGAGAGAUAAAAGAGAUUGUCGUUGGGAAGAAUUCCAAAGAAUUUGAUAAGUGGCCAGAGGACUCGAAGAAGAUUGAGAACCUAAGGUGCUUUGUCAUUUAUUAUGGUUCUGAGUUUCGUCUGAAAACUCUCUCAGCUUCCGCCUUCAGUGAGAAAGAAUGCGAGCUUUGGGUGAAGGGUCUCCGCUACCUGGUGAAAGACACGAUAAACGCACCAUACCCACUGCAAGUGGAGCGUUGGCUGCGGAAGGAGUUCUACUUCAUGGAGAACAGCCGAGAGAUGGUGACUCUCAAGGAUAUAAAAAGCUUCAUGCCCAGGGCCUCAUGCAAAAUCUCCACGAACAAACUUCGUGAAAUGUUCCAGCAAGUGGACACCCGUGAUCGAACUGAGUUGGGUUUCGACGACUUCGUCACCCUCUACCACAAACUGAUGAUCGACCUGAACAUCUUCUCUGAUUGGGAGCUCCUGCGUCUGAAAUAUUCAAAAAGUGGGAACACCGUGACUCUAGCGGAAUUUCAGAGCUUCCUGGCGAGCGAGCAGAAUGACCCAAUGGGUUCUAGUCCCUCACAGGUGUCCAAAUUCAUGAGAGAUUACCUCCAGGAUCCCCAGCGAGAUGUCCAGGAUCCCUACUUCACUUGUCACGAGUUCAUAGACUUUCUGUACUCAAAGCAAAACGACAUCUGGAACGACAAAUACAACACACCGAGCCAGGAUAUGAGACGACCCCUGUCCCACUACUGGAUAGCUUCCUCCCAUAACACGUACCUCAUGGGGGAUCAGAUCAGCAGCGAGAGCAGCUGUCAGGCCUACGUGAGAGCCCUGAGGGCAGGCUGUCGUUGCAUUGAACUCGACUGCUGGGACGGCCCUGAUGGAAUGCCCUUCAUCUUUCACGGUCAUACCCUAACGACUAAAAUUAAAUUUUUUGACGUCAUCAAGACUAUCAAAGAACACGCUUUUGCAACAUCAGAAUAUCCGGUUAUAAUAUCGAUUGAGGACAACUGCACGCUUCCUCAACAGCGGAAAAUGGCUGCUACGAUGCAAGAAGUCUUUGGAGAGAGUCUACUGACUCAGCCUAUCGAUAAAAGCGAGAGCUCGUUACCCUCGCCUCAUGCCCUUCGUGGAAAAAUCAUUCUCAAACACAAGAAACUUCCUGAAGGGGUCGAUGAAUCGACAUUCAUAGCCAGGAACAACGAGCACCUCCCCCAUGAGAUGGACCUCAGGAAUACUGUGAAGAAUGGAAUUCUUUACCUGGAGGAUAUAACCGAGAGAGAGUUCUACCCUCACUUCUUCAUCCUCACGAAGCAGCAUCUUUACUACACAGACACCUUCUCCCAGAGUCAGGAAGUGGAGGAUGUUGAGGAGGACGACAAUGAGGUUGACGAAAACAGAGAGACAGACGUGGCUCAGGCAUCUUCCUUCAACAUAUCAGAUGCUAAAAACAUCUCCAACAUAACGAGAACGAGAAGAGUAAAUGGACAUGCAGUUCCUAAUGAUGAGCUUCAUUACGGGGAGAAGUGGUUUCAUGGGAAGCUUGCAAGUGGCAGAGGAGAGGCUGAGGAGCUUCUGCGGAGGUAUUCUCAUCUAGGGGAUGGAACAUUUCUAGUGAGACAGUGUGUGACAUUCGUGGGAGAUUACUGUCUCUCCUUCUGGAGGAAGGGAAAAGUUAAUCAUUGCAGGAUAAAGUUGAAACAGAGUAUGGGACAGACGCAGUACUACCUGAUAGACACCAUAUGCUUCGAUAGUCUGUAUUCAUUGAUAACUCAUUAUCGUAAUCAUCCACUGAGGAGUCAGGAAUUCCUGAUAACACUCAGAGAACCUGUGCCCCAGCCCUGUAAACACGAGGAGAAGGAGUGGUGGCAUAGCCAGUGCACGAGGGGAAUGGCUGAGGAUGUGCUCAAGAGAAUACCAACUAAUGGUGCAUUUUUGGUUCGCCCCAGUGAAAAGGAUAGUAAUAAUAGUUAUGCCACGUAUGCUAUAUCGUUUAGGGCGGAAAACAAGAUCAAACAUUGCAGGAUUAAGUUCGAGGGACGAUUGUACACAGUUGGAUCCAUUCAAUUCGAGAGUCUCGUCGAACUCGUCAGCUACUACGAACGUCAUCCCUUGUACAAAAAAGUCUGGCUCUCUUACCCCAUCAGUUCUGACAUUAUGAGCAAUGUACUGAGCUCUGGGGACUCGGGUAAUCCCCUCUCCCAGAUCACUGAUGACAUUGACAGUGAAAACGAUUGUGACAUGCCUGGGUACAUGGAUCCAGCGGCAUUUCUGUCGAAGAUAACAGUUAAAGCUACUUACGAUUACAAAGCCAGACGUGAUGAUGAGUUGACUCUUGUCAAACACGCGAUUAUCACAAAUGUUCAUCGACAAGAUGGCGGCUGGUGGAGAGGGGAUUAUGGAGGAAAGAAGCAGCAUUGGUUUCCGGCAAAUUAUGUUGAGGAAAUUGAUUCUAUUGAGGGACUCGAGGGGUCUGAGGGCCAACAUUUGGACCCCACUGAGGCCAUGCUCCUGGGACACCUGCAGAAGGGGGCCCUGGACAUCACUGGAGCUGUGGUGGAGAUUGCGGUGGCUGACAGGCCGGAGUUGGAGUGGAGUAUCAAGAUUCAGAAUCCUAAUAUGUGCUCGGUCUUUGAGGCAUGUACACCGUCCAAGGACAUCGCUCUGGAGUGGGUUGCUGCCAUCAAAGAGACCGCACAACAUGCCAAUGUCAGGGAGAAUCAGAAUAAGGAAAUUGAGAGGGCGUUGAGGAUAGCCAAAGAAAUGUCAAAUCUCAUUAUCUACUGCAGAUCAGUGGCUUUUGAUAUGGAGAGGAUAAAUUCCAAGAAUUUUAUUUUCCAGGAGAUGAGUAGUUUUCCAGAGACUAAGGCUGAAAAACUCAUAUGCCAGCAGGAGCACCCGUUCUUCCUGAAGUAUCAUCAGAUUCAGUUCAGCAGGGUUUAUCCCAAGGGACAGAGAAUUGAUUCUUCGAAUUACAAUCCUGUGCCUUUUUGGAAUGCUGGGUGUCAGAUGGUGGCACUUAAUUAUCAGACUGGGGACAAAGCCAUGCAGCUCAAUCAGGCGAAAUUCAGGGAGAAUGGUAACUGUGGAUAUGUCCUGAAGCCUGAGUUCAUGAUGCAGGAGGGGUACUACACGUAUGAUAAGAGGACGGUGAGGGGGGUGGAUACCAUGAGGUUUCAACUGAAGAUCGUCGGGGCUAGGCAUCUUCAUAAACAUGGCAGGGGCACUGCGAGUCCUUAUGUGGAGGUGGAAAUCGUUGGAGCUGAGUAUGACAGUGGAAAUAAACUCACGACUAAAACCAUUUCAGAUAAUGGGUUCAAUCCGAUGUGGAAUGAGAUCUGUGAGUUCGAUGUUGUUAAUCCAAAUUUUGCGAUGUUGAGGUUCCUCGUGCAGGAUGAGGAUGUCUUUGGGGACUGCAAUUUUUUGGGGCAAGCUACAUAUCCGGUCCAAUGUCUUCGAACUGGCUACAGAAGUGUGCCAUUGAAGAAUCAGUACAGUGAAGACCUGGAAUUAGCCACUCUACUAGUGCACAUAUCAAUAACAAAAAUUCCUUCCUCAUCAAAGUGAUGAAAAUUGAAUUUUUUAACAUGAGAUUUCAAUUCUUUUUUUUAUUGACAAAAUUGUAUAUUGCUGAUUUUAUAUUCAUUACUGUUGAUAGAUCAUGUGAGAGUGAAAUUUAUUAAAGAAAAUACGAGUUUACGUUCGGAUAA